GUUCUAAAAUAGGACAGAGGGUCUACAGUAUCUGAUGUGAGCUCACAUAACUGUUUGCGCUGUGGGACAGUACGCAUCAUCUACGCUCACAUCAGCAAAAACCGACUCGAGAUCUGAAAUUGAGACAAUACCAAAAGAAAUCAUUCUUCCUGGACUGGUUUCAUUGAAGGCUGAACCCAUCAUCAUGCCUGUGCCAAACACGGAUGUAUCUAAGGUGAAAGAGGUGUUGGAAACAUGUUCGGACUCAUGUGAAGCACAUUUCAACCUGGGAAAGAAAAUCAGCGUUCCCAUGGAUCUAAUGAUGGAGGAGCUCAAUCUUCUGAAAAACAGAGGAUCUAUAAUGUUUCAGGAGAGAAAUAAAAGAGCGGAGAAGUACACCUUGGAAAAUGCCCCAAGCAGGUCACACAAUCUCUCAGAGGAGACCCUUCAAGACCAGAACGCCACACAAGAGGACAAAGGAGAGCAUUUCACCUCAGGAGAGCGCUUAGUCUCUGGAGAGCACUUGACCUCUGGAGAGCGCUUUACCUCUGGAGCGCACUUGACCUCUGGAGCGCACUUGACCUCUGGAGCGCACAUGACCUCUGGAAAGCAUUUGACCUCUGGAGAGGGCUUUUCCUCUGGAAAGCACUUGACCUCUGGAGAGCACUUGACCUCUGGAGCGCACUUGACCUCUGGAGAGCACUUGACCUCUGGAGGGCACUUGACCUCUCAAGACCACAUCACCAAGCCUGGAGACAACAGUAUGGUGUCCAAAUUCAAACACAAAGUAUCCAAAAAAGGAAGUCCAGAUGAUCUUGCUCCUGGUUACGGUGGACCUCUGACUGAGGUUCCUCAUGAGAAGUUCAAUUUCACUGUGAUCCCAAAGUCUUAUGAGUCACCCUGGGAAGACAAGCUUGUUAGCAACAGAGUGCUGUUUGCCAAAAUAAGUACCCGCCUGCAGGAGCCUUCUCACAAACUCCCCCCUGCCAACUUUAAAUGUUUUAACAGAGCUCCAACGCCAUUCUGCGGGAUCACAGGGAUUGUUCAAAAUCUGCCCGGCUUUGAGCCACAACAGUCGGACAUCGAGGCAAACCCGGCCUGGAAAAAGAUGUGUCGCCGCCCCAACUUCAACCGGAUAACGCGGGGCUGGAACAUUGAAGAAUCUCCUGAUCUGUGAGACUUGCGUACUGAUGAAGAUGAUUUUGUUUGUGAGGAAUGAGGGAUGCUUAACGUUAAGCCAGUUGAGUUGCGCGUGCUGAGCCAUGAAAUGCUAAAUAAUACUGAAGUUUACAUGUGUUGCAUUGUUUACAUGAAAGCUAUAUCACGUUCUUUUGUUAAGCUUCUUUAUUCUAACCACAAAAAGACAGCUGUAUAUUAAAAAAUUAUACUAUUGUAAAACACCUUAGGUCAACACGUCAUCAUGUAUGCAAUUAGAAAACAUGCUAAAAGAUAAAUGGGAAAAUGAAGUGGACACUAUUGCAGACUGUAACAUAAGCCCUGGAAUAUUUUUGUAGGCAUAGGAAAAUAUAAAAACAAGUCUUCAGGCUGCUAAGAUGGCCAACAGUGCCCCCACUUGGUAAUUAUUGGUCAUUGCAACCAAUUUGGAAACUAGUUACUACAAAAAGGCAUGGUAUCUGCAUUUUAUAAUAUCACAUAUAAAAUACACCGAAUCUGGUAACAUGUCAGCAGGGUUUUAAGACUUAACAUGACAGAAACCAUUAACACCAAGGUUGUUUUAAAUCAAAAGCAUUAAAAACAUCCAAAACCAUAUUCAUUAAAAAAAAACUUUGUUUACA